UCAAUGGUGACAGCAGGUGAGCGAGCAGCCUGUCACUAUACUAUGUUGCUAUUUUAAAUAAUAAAUUACGAGGGAAUUAAAAUAAACGGAUGAUAUUAAGUUACACAGUGCCUGUAUAAUACCAGCUUGUUGAUAAUGUUGUGAGGUUAAAGGCAUGGUAAGCAGUUUUUAACUAGUUGUAGACGGUAAGGAAGAAGAACGAAAGUGAAUCACGCUCAGCUGAUAUUAAGAGGACUUGCUACUCCAGUUGCGUCAAUGACUGGCUGUGUGCGUAAACACGCUUAGAAUCAUUUCCGAAAAGGUUAGGGGAAAAGGUUAAUGGCCUGCAGCGGAAGUUGAAAUGUGGUGGCCGUGGCGAAAGAAUCAAUAGCGAACGGAGUCCUGAUUUAACGUUCUGACGAAUGCACGACCCGUAUGACGUUCGUAUUGUUGGGGCUCUCGCAACCUAUCAGUCUUGUUUACUUCCGACGUUCCCACUUCCAUAUCUUAGGUCACGUUACUGCCAAAUACGGCAAUUCCGGGAAGAGGUUCUAGAUGAUUUUCUAAGAACAAAAUAUAGAUAAACUUACUUGGGCAUUAGGAGUUUUUGACAGAUUUUAGACGCUGUUCCUCAUUUCAGCUACCUUGUUUAUCUUCCGCUUGUAAACAGUGCUUAAAGAAUCCAAACCAAAGGAAAUAACAGUUAGGGAUAAGCUCUGUCUAUAAUCACGGUUGGGUAGCCGUCACGACUACCACCCAGAUAUUUAGCAAGCUGUGUUUAAUUUCGGACAGUGCGACGUAACUUCAACCAGCCAACUAAGAUGUUUAGUCUCCAGUCUCAAGGCGCAGUAUUAUUUAAUCCCUGGCAAGCGAUGUCCUUCCACACCAGCGGCUCGCGUCCCCCGAUGUCUCCGACCGGCAGCCCUGUAUUGGCCAGCCACCCAUAUUACUGGUCCAAAGAAGACGUUCAGCUAUGGCUGAAAUGGUGCGUGAACGAAUAUUCCUUAAGUGACAUUCCAGUAGACAAGUUCAGUAUGAAUGGUAAAGCUCUGACGAUGCUCAAAAAGGAGGACUUCAUAGAACGUGUCCCUAACGCCGGUGACAUACUGUAUAAUACCCUUCAGAAAAUGACAGAAAAAUGCAACAUUCCACAAGCCAUGCGGUCCCCAUUGAUUCCAACGUUCGGGUUUUUCAACGCCUCACCGCCUCCCCACGCCAGCGCGUCCACAGGGAGCCCGCCGGCCCAACAUAUGCAUGAUGAGCACAGACUUUCUCCUACGCUUUCCCCUUCAUCAGCCUGUCGUAGUAGUCCCCAUGCACCUAACUCUGUGUCACCAUCCAUGUUGCACACUCUUCACCGUCCCACCCCUGUGGUGCAUCGGCCAGAAACACUACAAAUGCCACUCGGAGGAGACAGAAAAUUCCAGAUUUCUGUACCUGAAGCUGUCCUCAGUCCGGCUCCCAGUACAGACUCCGAGUGUGCGCAUGCGUCAGAGAGAGGUUCUCCUCACGCUCCUUUACUGGAACACGAAGACGAAAAGCCACAAGACUACAGUUCUCAGACCUCAAAAGUAUUUAAAUCCACCACUCCGGGAUUCCCUGCUCCAAGGACAAAUUUCACCAUAAGCAACCAAGAGACGAACCCUGGGCGCGGUUCUGAAUUCCGCCUUCUUUGGGAGUUUAUCAGCCGCCUUUUGAUGGACAACACGUAUUCUGCGUACAUCCGCUGGGAGGACUACGACCAGCUGGUAUUUCGCAUUGUCAACCCGACCGCCCUCGCGCAACUCUGGGGCAUACAGAAGAACAGGACUAAUAUGACUUACGAGAAACUGUCCAGAGCUCUACGUUACUACUACAAGAUGGAUAUCAUUCAGAAAGUACCUGGGAAGAGGCUGACUUACAAAUUCCUUCAUCAUCCAAUGGAGAUCAAGCGUGCCAGACGAGGUGCAAAACUUCACCCAAGGCCUACUGCAAAUCAGACCACCACAACCGCGGAACACAGCGCGAAUGAAGAGGAGGCUUACAGUCCGUACUCCGGUGACGAAUCCCUCGAGGAAAGCGGCAGGACUUUAGACCCCGCCCCUGUAUCCAUGGAACAUUCCUCUUUGUACAGAAAUAGUGACAGGUCUUGUUUUCCCUCGGAAUCGGACUCUUUUGGAUCCUCUGAGGAUCAGGAUCAGCCAACAGACUUGUCAUUAGCGGGAAUGAAAUUCACUGGCAGUGUCAAGGUUAAGACAGACCCAGAGGCUGUUGUGCUGCCUCAGCUGCACGGUGCAACGUGCACUAUGGAAGUGGAGGAAAGUAACGGGAAUAAAGGACUCUCGUGAUACUGAGUUUCUCUCGGAAAGUGAGAACUUAUUUAUGUAGAUAUCGAUAUGUAUGGAAGAUUUAUAUUGCAGUACGAAAAUCUAUGACUGAAAUUUGAUAUAAAUUAGAGCUUUAGAACAAAGAAGGUUAAGGAUUUUGUGCUUGGAUAAUCCAGCCAUGCUCGUAAAAAUCGCGCACGUGAAUAUUUACGUGCUGGCAGCACUUUAACAGAAAGGAUUUCUAUUCAGGCAUUGCAUUUUAAUGUGUAAACAAGAAUACGGAUUGCUGGUCAGAGAAACUCCGUCUGUAUUCCAGCGCUCGCCCCUUUGAGACAGCUUGCUCGUCUUGGUUAAAAGAAUUAAAACGGAAUGGUACCUACGGUACCUAAAUACGACAAGAGGGGCAGGCAACUUACCCCCUAAGAACUGGCAUGAGAAGGAUAAGCUUAUUUGGGAACCAAUGAUCUCUGGCGAAUGCCCUAGUCGAUAAACUAUAACCAGGGGCCCUUACAUAUCGCCUCAGAAGCUUACUUGAUUUGUUUUAUUGAACAUGUGUCCAGAUAUUAGUGUAGAAGAAUGUUUCUUGUUUCUUUGAAACACAUAGACUUAUAGAUAGGAUAAUAGGAGCAUUUAAGUGGAACAUUUUAUACCCAAGAAUCUACAAAGUAGAUGGAUAUCGUUUUGAUGUAGUUGCUCAAUACAAGGUCUUGUUAGAGAGAAACAUGGGCCUGUAACUUGCGGUUGUGGUAGUGUUUUAUUUUAUGGAUUCACUUUUAACUUAUUGUUGUUUCUGUUUUGUUUUAGAUAAUACUUACAUUUGACAUGGUGUUUUAAUGACAUUGCCUCAGCUUUUAUUAUUUUGUUUUUAUUUGGCUGUGGACAAAAGAGCGGCAAAAAUGGCGCAAUUGAAUAAAAUUAAUUUAUUAGCCUGUCAGUUUUUAGGUACCUUGGAAUGAUAUUUUGGGGCACCAUGUUACAUUAUUACUUUGAAUUAUAUUGUAGUUUUUUUUUUGUUCAUUGUUAUCAUGUUGUUUUUUUCUUUGUGAUGGGAUGAGUUAUCAGAAGAGAGAUUCAUCAUAUGUAAAAAGCGUGUCUCCGGUAAAUUAUUGAAAUAAAUACAACGGAUUGUAAUAAAAUGUUUCUUUUUAUCAGUCGA